AUGAGGCCGGCAGAGGUGCGGGUCGCCCUCAGGGCCACCCUCGUGCUACUGGGGCUCUGGGCACCCCUGGCUCCGGUCCGCUGUUCUCAAGGCCGACCCUUGUGGCACUACGCGUCCUCCGAGGUGGUGAUCCCCAGGAGGGAGACGCACCGCGGCAAAGGCCUUCAGUUUCCCGGCUGGCUGUCCUACAGCCUGCGUUUUGGGGGUAAAAGACACGUCCUCCACAUGCGCAGAAAACGACUUCUCUGGCCCAGACAUGUGCUGGUGACCACGCAGGAUGACCAAGGCGCCUUGCAGAUGGAUUACCCCUACAUCCCUGCAGACUGCUACUACCUCGGCUACCUGGAGGAGGUGCCUCUGUCCAUGGUCACCGUCGACACGUGCUAUGGCGGCCUCAGCGGCAUCCUGAAGCUGGACGACCUUGCCUACGAAAUCAAACCCCUGCAGGAUUCCCCCAGGUUUGAACACGUUGUUUCUCAGAUAGUGGCCGAGCCCAACGCCACGGGGCCCACAUUUAGAGAUGGUGAAAAUGAACAGACAGACCCCUGGCUCUCUGAAGCAAAUGACAGCAUGAAUCCCAGGUUAUCUAAUGUCCUGUAUAGUUCUCAUCCAGGCAAUAUAAAAGGUCAUAUUCAAUGUUCCAAUUCAUACUAUAGAGUAUAUAACAAUAUUACAGCUUGUUCCAAAGAGGUGGUCCGGAUGUUCAGUCUCGUUGACAGCAUUGCUCAAAAUAUUGAUCUGCGGUACUGUAUUUAUCUGUUGACCAUAUAUAAUGAUCGGGACCCAGUCCCUGUGAAUGAUUAUAGAACAAACAGUGCAAUUAUUACUUAUUAUAGAACAAACUUUUUUACUCCUUUUCAAGUUCAUGUAUCCACACUACUUAUUCAAGAUGGACCACAUGAAUCUAACUAUGCAGUUCCAACGUAUAAAAUGUGUAAAUCUCACGGCCUGAUACACAUCGGUAUUCUAAGCAGACAUUAUUUGUUGAUAGCCGUGAUAAUUGAUAAUAUGCAGUCACUGAUGAGAAGUAUUGGUGUGGAAUAUGAUGGAUCAUACUGUACAUGUCAGAGGAGGACCUCCUGCAUUAUGCAGCGAUAACCAGGGAUGACAGAUGCGUUCAGUAACUGCACCUAUGGACAUGCACAAAGCUGUUUUUCCACUGUAUCCCACUGUAUCUUCAUUACACCGUCCCCUGUGCAUAAUAAAGUCUUGAAAACAGUUCGCUGUGGAAACCUGAUAGUGGAAGAGAACGAGCAAUGUGACUGUGGCUCCUUUAAACAGUGUUACGCCAGUCCGUGUUGUAUAAGUGGCUGUCGUUUCACACCGGGGAGCAUUUGUCAUAUAGGAGACUGCUGUACAAACUGCAGCUUCUCCCCGCCAGGGACUCUCUGCAGACUUAUCCAAAACAUAUGUGACCUUCCAGAGUACUGUCGUGGGACCACCUGGAUAUGCCCCCUGAACGUUUAUAUGCAGGACGGAAACCCGUGCACUGAAGAAGGCUACUGCUAUCACGGGAACUGCACUGACCGCAAUUUGCUCUGCAAGGCGAUCUUUGGUGUCAGUGCUGAGAAUGCUCCUGACGACUGCUAUAAUAUCAACCUCAAAAGUUACCGAUUUGGACAUUGUACUCGACUAUAUGAUUCUUACGCUUACCAGCCUUGUGUAAAAAUAGACAAGUUUUGUGGGAGACUGCAGUGCACCAACGUCACGCAUCUGCCCCGGCUGCAGGAACACGCUUCAUUCCAUCACUCCAUGAUAGGCCCGGCUCAGUGUUUUGGGCUGGAUGAACACCGUGGAUUGGGCACAACCGAUGUUGGACGUGUGAUCGACGGCACUCCCUGUGUUCGUGGAAACCUCUGUAAUCAAAGCCGGUGCAACACCACUAUCGCUUCCCUGGGCUACGACUGUCGCCCUGAGAAGUGCAGUCAAGGGGUCUGCAACAACAGAAGGAACUGCCAUUGCCAUGUCGGCUGGGAUCCUCCGCGGUGCCUGAGAAGUGGCACUGGGGGCAGUGUCGACAGCGGGCCCCCUCCGAAAAGAAUGUGUUCCAUCACACAAAGCGAACUUCCAGCGACAUACCUGAGGGUGGUCUUUGGUCGCAUUUACGCCUUCAUAAUUGCACUGCUGUUUGGGAUCGCCACAAAUGUGCGAACUAUCAGAACCACCACCGUUAAGGAAGUGACAGUUACUGGCCCCAGAUAA